UUGCUCUUUCUUCCUCUCUCUCAGCCUGACAAUCUUGCACAAAAGCUCCCAAAUCUAAUAGAACUGUAUUUGCACUCAAACAACAUAGUCAUUAUUCCUGAAGCUAUUGGAGACCUUGCCAGACUGCAGUCACUGGACCUGAGCAAUAACGCCCUCCAGUUCCUCUGUCCAGAGAUUGGCAGACUAAGGUCUCUCCGACACCUGAGGCUGUCCAAUAAUCAGCUGAAAUGCCUUCCUCAAGAGAUUGGUGAUCUGCAGGACCUGGAGACUGUGGACGUGUCCAGGAACCAGCUGUGUUCUCUGCCACAUCGCCUGCACCGCUGUACGUCUCUGCAGAAUCUGACAGCUGACCACAACCUUUUGAGCCACGUUCCCCGGCAGCUCUGCUGGCUGCACCGCCUCAACCAGCUCUCGAUGGCUGCUAACCGCCUGACCUCUCUACCGCUCGAUCUGGGCAGAUCACGAGAGCUGCAGUUUGUGUUUGUGGACAACAAUGUGGAGCUAAAAGGCCUUCCCUCCUACUUGUAUAACAAAGUCAUCGGCUGCAGCGGGUGCGGUGUGUCAGCCCAGGUGUUAGAGGGUGACCUGGGCGAGGCGCUGGUUGGGCUUGGACUUCCAGCUGAAGUGAAGGUGGUGGGCUCAGAGACAGAUAACGUUGUUCCCCUCGAGGAGAUUGCCAUGAGAACCCUACAUCGCAUCUACAAGCAUCGCCCAACCGACCUGAACUUGCUGCCUCCCAUCACCCUCCCAAAGAGCCUGCUGGACCUGUUGCAGUUCCCUCUGGGACACUGCCACCGCUGCAGUCAAACCAUGUUCACCAUCAUCUACCCCAAAGUCUUUCCCCUCCGGGACACCGCGCUGGCAGGAGUGCACCGCAGGACCACUGUGAGUUUUGUGGCCUAUUGCUGCUCUAGCCGCUGCCUCCGGACCUUUGAUCUCCAAGGAUGACGUCAUUUCCUUGGCCCUGUACACAUUGGCUGAGGAGCUGUGUAGUGGCUUCCUGAAGGUGGCACAUGACAGCUUGUAAUAUGUGUGGAUCUUGAGGAUCUGGGAGCUCUGUGCCUAAUUGACAAUGCAACAGAGAAGCAGCCUGUGUGGAUGUUUGGUGGGUCAGAUGAUGGACACACAUGGCAAGCAACAUUUUAACACACUUGUCAAAGACUCAAACCAACAUGAUGUUCCUGAAUCCAACCAACUGGGAGGGUUUUAUUCAUGUGUUGGUGUUGGGGUCCAAUAAUAACUAACACUAUAAGAUCUUAAGUAACUAUUCAUAACUGGGCCCUUUUUAAGAACAAGCACUAUUUGAUUUUUGUGAAAUCAGCUAUUUUUCACACACGUUGAGUGUAUUACAGCAGACAUCCCAUUGAUUGUGGAGUCAUAUUUGAGGUAUUAACAUUUGUAGGACAGUUUGUUUAACUGCUUACCAAAGAAUAUUCGAAGGGUUAUAAUUUAAAGUUAAAGAGUGUGCAUCUAUUUGAAUAUGUGCCAUUUUCUGUAGCAAGUACAGUGACCUGUUAGAGAUUUAUUAUGGAGUAAUGUAUGGAAUCUAGAUAUGGUCAGUAAAAUGAGCCAAGGAUUCAGCUCACAUAUUUGUUAAAAAGGUAAAAGGAUUUGGUCAGUUUGCAAUGUCAGUCAUAUUGGACAGGUAUCCAUUUUGAAAAUUGGACUGAUUUUAGAACAAGUUAAGAUUUUUCUGUAUGUUGGAAACUAAUGUUUUUAUCUUUACAUAAACUUGAAUGCAUCUACAAUUUACAUGCACCCAAAAUGCCCAAAUUGUUGCAACAGGUUUAAAGUCUGCAGGUCCAUUCAGUUUGGGGUCAAAUAUUUGUGUCAUCAUUUUUAGCAAAUAAGGUUAC